AUGAAGUUGUGCCAUCCAAACCUCAAAAGACUAAAGCAUCACAAUAAUGGAUUGAAGCGGCAUUUUGAAAGUAUCCAUGCAUUGCACGAAUUCUACGACAUGAUAGACAAAACUCUUGAAGCUGAUGUGAUUGUUGUGGAUUUACAAAACGAUGAAAUGCUUAGGGCUUGUUCUUUAUCCCUAUCGCUGCGACAGAGGUCAAAAAAUCACACUGAUGGUAUUCAAUUGCUUGGGAAGUUCAAAACUGAUUCUUCCCGUGCUCGCGCAAUUUUGUUCAAAGUCUUAGCUGAUACAGCAGAUCUUCAGUGUAGGCUUUUAGUGGGUCGUCCUAGUGGUUUGGGAUCUUCUUACACAUCCAACCAUAUGUCUGCUGUGGUUAUGAUCAACAAAAAUUGA